AUGGUCGAAUUCCUGGUCGACCAUGGGGCGGACGUGAACCGCGGCGACAACGAGGGAUGGACGCCGCUGCACGCCACCGCCAGCUGCGGCUUCCUGUCCAUAGCGAAGUACCUGAUCGAGAGAGGCGGCGAUGUGGCGGCGGUGAACAAUGAUGGAGAGUUGGCGCUGGAUAUUGCCGAGUGCGGCCGGAUGGAGGAGAAUAAUAUGUUCCUUGGGCAUCUAGAGACAGUAGUUUAUCCAUGGAUUUUUCUUCUAGGCAUAGAUUGCGAGGCGGCGAGGAACGAGGAGGAGAUGAUAAUGCUGCGCGACGCGAAGGGGUGGCUCGCCUCGAACAGCCCCUCGGUGAACCUGCCGCACCCUAAGAACGGGGCGACGCCGCUGCACGAGCUGAAAAAGAAACAGAACAAAGAGGAGGUGUUCAACAGGAGGAUGGCGAAAAAGAGGCCUGACGUGGGAGAUAGGAAUUUGGAGUCCGAGACGCCGAACAAGGUGAAGAAAGUAGAACGGGCCAGUGAGAAAGAACCAAAAAUUAGUGAAAAUACCGAAACGCAGAAUAAGCUUAACAGUCCGAUUGUAGAAAAAAAUAACACAACUCCGAUAAUAUCUCAGAAAAUUGUCGACGAUUUGGAAGAUUGGAGGAAAUCCAAGGAAAACUCGGACUUGAGCAGCCCUACAAAAAGUAUUUCUGAUAGUACAAAUUUCACAAAACCUCCGGAUGUGAAUGAAGACAAUGAUGUUACUAUAAGGAGGAAACCUAGUUUACAAAGUGAUAAAGUAACGAGCAAAGCGGAGGGCAGCGAAGAGGCGACCGCCCCCGCGCUUGCCGCCCCCCCUUCGAGACCCUCGCCCGACAAAGCUCGGCCGGCGACGAGUCCGCCGCCGCCCAACAGCCCGCCCCCCACCAGUGUCGAUCUCUCACGUAAUGAACGUUUUCGCGAUUCUUUCAACUAUUCUUCGGCGGUUUCCAGAUCGUUCGUGCCUCCCGUGAGAGACGAGGAGAGCGAGACGCAGAGGAAGGCGCAUGCGAAGCGCGUGCGCGAAACGCGUCGCUCCACCCAGGGCGUGACCUUGGAGGAGAUCAAGUCGGCCGAGCAGCUGGUCAAGAAGAAGAAUCAAUCGAACAGCGACAAUAACAACGAAACCGCCAACGAGGCCGGCUCUAACGGUCAAUCACCCAACGGGGUGGUCGUCACUGCCACUAUCACCACCGGGACUCCUACGGUGAUAACUCGCGAGACUGAGGAGCCCCCAGCGAUACAAGAACGUAGACCGUCUUGGCGGUUGAGAGUGGACAACGGCUCCAGCAAGCAAGCCGACGGGCGGCCCACCUCCAAGCACGCCGAGCUUCGUGCGGCGGACGACGACGGCCGCCCCGACCAAGACAAGGAGAAUGACAUCAGAAAUGCACAAGCCACUUUGGCCACCCAAGCAGCGAUACAGAGGAGAAGACGGCCCAAGAGAAGAUCAACUGGAGUUGUAUCUUUCGAAAACAUUGACGACCCAGAUCAAGAGAAAGAUCCUACAGAUGGAAAAGACUGUGAUGACGCCACAAAAAUGAAUCAUAUAGAGGUUUUAACAAAUAACGAACUGGAUAUUUUGAGUUCCUCGUACAACACCAGACCGAAGAGUUUGGGCCACUACCCGAGCUACAGCUCGUCCGCCUGCGGUCCCUAUUCGUCCACCACCAACCCCUAUUCGUCCGCCACCUCUAGUCCCUAUUCGUCCGCCACCUCCACUAGCCCCUAUUCGUCGUUCGGCAACUACAACGGCUACGGCUCGAACUACCAGAGCCCCUACUUCCAGAACGGGUACAGGGGGAACGCGAAUGCGGGCGGCUAUGCCAGCCUGAAGAUCCCCGCAAAGGCGCUGUUGGGGUUGGCAGGCACGAAGAAGUACGACGCUGAUGCGGCGAGGGGGGAUCUGUCGCGGGGGGGUAGUUACAGGGAGAGGUCGGUGUCGAGGUCGAGGAAUUCGUUGGCUUCGGGCGACCGAAGUAGCAGAUCUCGGAUAGGCAGUACAUCUGACAUCCGCAAUGAGAAUGGAGAAAUCGACUACAAGAAGCUGUACGAGAAGCAACUGGUAGAGAACGACAGGCUCAAGGACAAACUGAGGAAAUCGGACGAAGAGUUGCGGGAAACUAAACAGACGUUGGAGAAAAUCAGUUUAGUUACCAGUAAAAACUCUUUAUCGGAAUUGGAAAAACGGGAAAGGAGAGCGAUGGAAAGAAAAUUGAGUGAAAUGGAAGAGGAGCUCAAGAAUUUAGAAAAUUUGAAGUCUGAAAACCAGAGGUUGAAAGAUGAAAAUGGUGCUCUUAUCAGAGUGAUCAGCAAGCUAUCGAAGUAGUGUAGGUUUCUCUUGUUAUACUGCAUUUUAUUUUAAGUUGACUAAAUAAUUUAUUCUUAGCAUAAUCAAAAAGUAAGCGAGAAGGAGGAAACUGUCAAUUUUUUACACAUCCGAGUAUUAAUAAUUGUUUAUAUUUAUCGAUUAUAGUUGACAUAUUAUACUUGUAGGAUAAACGAACUAUUGAAAAAGGAUACGUCGGAAGUUGCAGGUUUAUAAUUUCUUUUCUCUAAUGUGUGAUAUAUAAAGUUUGCUUGAAUUAGUUAUCAUUGUCAUUUUAUCAGUUAUUUAACAUACAUACCCUACUGGGUGUCACACUUGAAACAAUCCAAACGUUCCAGGGGCGCUUUUUAUUAUUCAUUAUACAGGCUUUCCGCUCGAAAACAAAAUGAACACAAGUUCCGUUAAAUGACAUUCAAAACGACAUUCAAUUGUCGAUUAGACACCAGAAUUUCAGACGAAAAUGUGUAUUUGAAACAAAAUGGCAGAUGAUAACCAUACUCGAUAUUGGUCUAUUCAGAAAAAUGCCGAAAGGGAGCCAUCUUGAAGAAAAUAAUAAUUAACAUUGCUCUUGAAUUUGAUUGAAUAUUUUCCCAAUUAUGGUAUUUCAGUAGUUAUAUAUUAUUUUUCGCGCGAACCAAAUUCAGGCGUUGAAAAAAAUUGGUUCGAGUACGAACUCCAUUUGUGUUUUUUGUCAAAUAAAUCUUACAAAUGGCAAGCUCUGAAUUAUUCAUUAUACAGAAUGAUCUUACUAUUUCAUUAUUUCAAAUUUUUUCUCAGCAUUUUGGAAGGGUUUUGCAUUAUCUUACAAUUAAUUUUUCAACACAUCACAUUGAUUUUGACGGGAAUUAUAUGCACUCUUCAAUACUCUCCGUUAAUAUAAUUAUUUUGAUUAGUAAUAUUUACCAAUAUUUUAGUUCAUUUUAAAUUACAAUACUCCUCAAAACACAAAGACCCGGUUGCUUAAAGCUCUCUGUUUAUUUAACAAGGAAUCAAUUCUUUUUCAAAAACGAAUAUUUUUGAAAUGAAUUGAUCGAUUUACUUGCGGUUUUCGAUAUCAGAUGUGAUAUUUUAUCGACUUCAGGGGUUUGUUCGAUUAUCGACUCUCAGAGUGGAGUAAGUUGUUGAAUGUUUUCUCUGAGAUAAUUUAAUAUUACAUGUAGUAUUCGAACAGAAUUUUGAGUCAUUUGACAUUGAAAAUGUGGGUUAUGUUUGUCGAGCUGCAAGUUCAAUUCGUGAAAUGAUAGAUUCAUAAUA